AAAUUAUUCAACACUUUUUCAUGUCUUGUAGAUAGAUGGCAUAUCAGGCAGAGAUACGCAGACAUACACACACACAAGCGUAGCCCAAUCUCGGACAAAACAAUGGCGAGACCGCAGUACAGAAAUAAGAAGGAGAGUAGCCGGAAAAAGACAGUUUCGCCAAAAGCCACAGGCGGAAAGCCUAGUUUUGAAUUUGGUGACGCUGUUUUGGAUGCAAGCAGGUUUUUGAGUAACGGCAGCAGCAAUAACAGCAGUCGGGGCCGUGGAGGUAAGGAAGAUGAUGAGGAAAAUUCAGGAUUUCAGUUUGAGGAUGAAGAGUUGGACUCCGAUGACGCUCUUGGAAGUGAGGACGAUCUCGACGACUACAUGUCCAAAAGCAGCAAACGUAAUACAGAGGAUGAUGAGAAAUUAGAUGAGUAUGGAGAAAACGAAGACGGGUGGGAUAGUGUGGACGAAGGAGAGCUACUCACCCUUUCUGAAAUUUGGGACAGAGAUGACAAAGAAUUGAAUUCAGCCAAAAAGUCAUCCACCAAGGCAAAAGAUCAUGAUUUAGUUUUCAAUGAUGAGGAGGACGAGGAGGAUGAGGGAGAGGAAGAAAAUUCCGAAUCCGAAUCAGAUGAUGAUGAUGAUGAUGAUGAUGAUGAUGACAAUGAUGACGAUGAUCCAUUUGAUGAAAUGAACAUUUCAGAAGACGACCAAAAUGAUAUCCAGCUCGACUCCGUCAUGAAGAAUUUGAAAAAAAACCUACCAAAAGAUUCUAAUGAUAAAUUAAGAAAGCAAUUGAUCAACGACAAUUCUGCGGAGAAUGAGUACUCUCUCCCUAAUCAAGGUGACGCACUUACCUUUGAUGAUAUGCUUGAAGAUAUAGAAAAUUUGGAUGGAGAAGAAAAUGGAGGCUUUAAUAAUGAUCUGAUUCAUGAUAUCGCCAAACAUUCAAAGCAGCUAAAAGAGUUGAAAGAGGCAGCACUAGAUGAAGAAGAACAAUAUGAGUUAAACACAAAUGAAAAUUCUGCCUUUGCAAUCCCAUUGCCUAUAAAUAUCCAAAAACGUCAUGAUCGUAGAGCAGCAUAUGAAAUUCAAAAAGAACAAGUCAAUCGAUGGAGAGAAGUCAUUGCCCAUAACAGAGAAAAAAAGGUUCUGAAAUUCAUACCUGAGAAAAUUAAGUUGGAUAAAACUGCAGCUUUCAAAGCAGACUCAAACAUUGCAGUCAACGACUUUGAAGCAAAAUUGGAUAGCAUCAUCGACCAAAGUAAUACUGAAUCCAAGAAAACAGAAGAUCUAUUCGAAAAUAUAGAAACCGCCAAAUUGUCAAAAGCAGAGAUGUUGAAGCGGACCAACGAGCUAAGAUUAAUGAGAGAGCUAAUGUAUCGGGGUAUGAAAGAUUCCAAGCGUUUGAAGAAAAUCAAGUCAAAGGCCUAUAGAAAACAGAUGAGAAAGGAGAAGCUCAAAGAAAACUUAUUGAUUUCUCAAGCAAACCGUCAAGAAGGCAUAGAAGAUGAUGACGAGGAGGAUGUCGAAAAUGACGCUGUUUAUAAACGUGCUAGGGAGAGAAUGACUUUGAAGCACAAGAAUACCUCGCAAUGGGCAAGACAGAUGAUUAAAUCGGGAAUGUCAAAAGAUAAGUCUACCCGGGAUGAAAUGGAAGAAAUGUUGAAACAAAGCGAGCACUUGAGGUUGAAACAGCUUGGUAAAAAAAAUGCCGAUGACAGCAGUGAAGAUGAGAGAAAUUUAAGUGAUUUGGAAAAGGAUGUGGAUAAUAUGGAUGAAGUAGAUGAUGAAAAGCUGUCUAAAAUAGGUAAGGGUGUGUUGGCCAUGGACUUCAUGAAGAAUGCAGAGGAAAGAGAUAGACUAGUCAAAUUAAAGGAGAUUGACUUUUUGAAGAAGAUGAACUCUGAUAAUUCUCAAAAUUACGGAUUUCAGGAUGAUCAAUCUGCUAGUGGUGUUAACAUUACAAUGAAUUCAGGAAGAAGGGUUUACACUCCUUCGGCCAGAGUAGCUGCCGAAGAAGCUUUAAAGGCAGAUCAAAAACUAAUGGAAGAAUUGGACGAAGAUGAUAGUAGGUCUUUACAAAAUAGAUUGUCUGUGAAGGAAAGGAAUGGUGUCAAAAUUGUUGAAAACAGUGAGAAACGUACGUAUUCUGGUGAUGAUAACGUUGCUAGUGGUGAAAGUGCUAACAAUGAUGAAGAAAAUCCUUGGUUAGUGGACCAUAGUGAAAAUGAUGAUGAUAGUGAGGACGAUAAUAAGUCUAAAUCAUCUACCAAAUUGAAGAUAAUAGAUUCUUCUUCUUCUAAGUUGGUUAAAGCUGGUGCUAGAAUUGCCAAAAAGCUUUCUAAAAGAAAAGAUUUGCUUAAAAAAGAGAGGGAUGAUGAUGAUGACACUGGACAUGACUUUGCGGCAAAAUCAGAUGAUGAAUUUGAAGAUGACGUAGAUGAGGAUGACGAUGACAAUGUUCGUAUCUUCAAACAAGCAGAUUUAAUCAAGCAAGCAUUUGCUGGAGAUGACGUUUUAGUAGAAGAAUUCGAACAGGAAAAGCGUGAAGUUGAGGAGGAAGAAGGCGAUAAAGAAGUGAACUUGGUUGUUCCGGGUUGGGGAUCGUGGGCCGGCACUGAAGCUGGAGCUGAUGAUGGAUGGGGGGUUCCUAGAAACAACAAAAAAAGAAAGAUCGUCAAGACCAUUCAAGGUGUUGUGUCGAAGGAUAAAAGAUUGGACAAGGGCAAGGCGAACGUGAUCAUUAAUGAGAAAGUAAAUAAGAAAAACACCAAGUACCAAACUGAUAAAAUUCCAUAUCCUUAUAAGACGUGGGAAGAGUAUGAGCGUUCUCUUAGGGUUCCUCUUGGUAAAGAAUGGACUACUACCCAAACACAUCAUAAAAUGAUUACGCCAAAGGUUAUUACUAAAUUUGGAUCCGUUAUUGAUCCUUUGAAGGCUCCAUUUUCUGAAUAA